AUGGUCAUCGGAUCAGCUGUAGCUCGUCCAGAGCCCUACGGAGCCCAUGGGCAUGGUUUGGUGCAGCCUGGCCCGGCUGUGGAAUAUUCCUACCAGGCCAAGGCACCGGCUGUCAAGUGCGGCCACAACUUGCUGAUCAACUGCAACCCGCAUCAUAGUGUGGUCCCAUGUAAGGGAUCCAAGGGCGGUCAUGGAGCAGCUCCAGCUCAUUACGGAGGCGCUGCUGGAGGAUACGGAGAAGUGGUUCCGGUGGCUGAUCAUGGACACGGAUAUCAUGCUGCCCCAGCUGAGGAACAGUACCGACACAAGAAGCACAAGAAACAUCACGGACAUCAUCAUCAUCACCAUCACCAUCAUCAUCAUGGCCAUGGACAUGGAAAGGGACAUCGUGAUGCCGCCAGCGAUGUUGUUGGAUCUCCAGGACCAGUCGUUUAA